AUGCCGUGGCAUGACAUUCAUUCUGUGACUUUUGGAGCAGCGGCUAGGGAUGUGGCCAGACAUUUUAUUCAACGCUGGAAUGCAACAAAAACAGAAAAGUGUAAGAAUGACAGCAACUAUCCUUAUUUGCUCCCGAAAAGUCAUGAAAAUCUCAAAGUGCCACGAGUAUUUAGAGCCUCCAACUUCAGUUAUAAUGUGAAUAUCCAGGUGUUGCGGUCCCUGUCAAAUUGGUCUGGUUUGAUAAAUCAAACGGAGGACUCCAUACAAAUGGCGUAUCUUUCUCUUAUUGCCAACUCCAAGCAUUAUAUCUACAUAGAAAAUCAAUUCUUUGUUUCUAUGGUCGACUCGAACGAUGUACUCAACGAAAUUUGUAAAGUAAUUUGCAAUCGUGUCAUACGGGCCUAUAAGGAGAAAGAGCCUUAUCGGGUGUACCUAAUGAUUCCGCUCAUGCCUGGAUUUGAGGGAGAUGUUGGAGCUCCGGGUGGUUCUGCUUUACAGGCUGUAUUGCACUGGACAUAUCAGUCGUUGAGUCGCGGUCCAAACUCGCUGUUUGAGCGACUGAAAGCAGUCAGUUUCCAUCAAAUAGUUCAAACAAGGUUGAUUGAACAAUACCCUAAAUUUGAAAAUACGCAUACUGGAUAA